AUACAGACUGCUUCUACAAACAUUUGUGAAAGAAUGUGCAAUAAGUCCAUACCUGAAAUUUCCUUGCUACUAAAUAUUCCAUGGUCAGCUGUUAGUGGUAUUAUAACAAAGUGGAAGCAACUGGGAACAACAGCAACUCAGCCAUGUAAAAUGACAGAGUGGGGUCAGCGCAUGCUGAAGCGCACAGUGCGCAGAAGUCGCCAACUGUCUGCAGAGUCAAUAGCUAAAGACCUCCAAACUUUGUGUGGCCUUCACAACAACAGUGCCUAGAGAGCUUCAUGGAAUGGGUUUCCAUGGCUGAGCAGUUGCAUCCAAG